UAAUUGGUGUGUGUAAGCUGUCAGGAGCCAGAGCUAGUCAGUUUAGUUAAACAGAACGGAUCAUAUUGCAUUGUUUGAAAAAAGUAGCACUGCUCCAUCAGCUAUGCUCGUGUGAAGCCAGUGGGGUAAUAUUUAAAGCUGCAACAUAAAGCUGUCUUGUUUAAACUUUGUAAGAUGGUGCUUCUUGGUGCAUGUUGGUGUCAGUCCAGCCUUAAAAGUGCUCCUCUUCUUGUACUUUGAUCAACUGAGAUAAAUGUAAUGAUGGGGAUCAGCAGCUUCAUUGGUCUAGGGUUUAAUAUAAUUGGAGGCGUGGACCAACCAUGUAGGAUUAAUGAUAAUGGCAUCUAUGUGUCUAAAAUAAAAGGAGAUGGAGCAGCAGCGCUUGAUGGACGACUCAAAGAGCAAGACAAGAUUCUUGCGAUAAAUGGAGUCUCACUUGAGAACCUGACACACAAACAAGUGGUGGGCCUGUUCCUGUCAGCCGGGGAGAACGUAGAGCUCCGUGUUCUGAAACAGUCGCCUUGUCUAACAAACGGACCAGCAGACUCCAAACCUGAACGCCAGUCUUCCAUGUCUUCCCUGGGAAUGCUGGCGUUGUUUGCUGGAGCUGUAACGAUCUUUGUAAUAGCAGCUCUUUAUAAACGCCGCAAAUAGCCCAAGGCUUUUCUUAAUCUAAGCUGACGAUGUCUGUAUGUUAAUUUUAGCAUGAAAAACUUUGCUAAAUGCCAAAAAGUAAAGAAAGGAACAGUGUGAGUGAUGGACCUUAUUUCUGAUUAGCAGGUAAUGGUGUCGGGAUAUCAUUUUUUUCCUUGUUAAUGCAUAUUCUAGGAUUAAUGGUUCUUGAGGCCUUCCCUGUGCAGGAGGACGCUAUUUUAACAUCAGGGUCAUUUUAUACGGAGAAAUCUGUGGUAAAGGGUCAUAACAUUCCCGCUCUAGGGCCGUGCCUCUCUAAGCAGCUGAGAGCCUUGAAAUAAAUUAGUCAGAUUUACACAAGCUCAAGUUAUUAUUAAAACUUAAACUCUGUCUUUUGUUAGCCAUGCAGAUCCCUCCCUGUACGUCCUUGGCUGAAACUCGAGCAGUGAGUGUGAGAUGAGCCCGUGGUAGUCUGCAAAUCAAGACUUUCUGAGUGCCUUUUCCAUGUAGAGAAAGUAUCAGCUGAAUGUUGUUGCUCCUUGAUGUCAUCAAUAUGAUAAUCAACCUACUACAUACUAAUAUCCUGCUCAUUGUUUAUUAAUCUCCGUUAAUCUUAUAAAAAAGACCAACUCCAAUAAGUUGCUCCUUUUGUAAGAGAUAUAAAUCUUAAGACAUCAGCCAGUGUUUUCUUUUGAAAUCUGAGAUAGCUCAAGCGUUUGUUGGAGGGACUUUUAACUGUGGAUCUAGACAAUUUGCUUUGUUAGUGUUCUCAGGCUGAAUUGGGAUAGACACAUUACUCCGUUUAACAGUUUGACCCACUGAAGUAUUUUAAUAGUUUUGGAUGACAGAUGUGUUUAAACAAAAGUAUAUCAGUUAUUCUUCAUUAAGUCGAUGUAUUGUAGGUCAGUUUAUCUAGGCCUUUAAACAGACCUAUUCAGCAUACAUGCGCAUCUAAAUAAGUUAUACCAUCAUCCAAUAGUUGAUUUGUUUCUUGUGCUCAUAUUAUCUCUUAGUUUGAUGGUUCUGGCUUAGAAUAUUACACAAGACCAAUAGAGAAAUUAAUUUUUAAUAUAAAAACGUCUAUUUAAAAUAAAGUUCAUAUGCUGGACAGCAUAUGUAUUCAACACUUGGCCGGGGCUCCUUUUGCAUGAAUUGCUGUGGAGGCCAUCGGUCUUUGGCUCUACUACGGUGUUCAGUAAGCCCAGGUUGAUUUAUUAGUAGUUUUCAGUUCAUCUGCAUGGUUGGCUUUGAUGUUAAUUUCCUCUUGACAAUCCAGCCAUGUUUGCUGGCCAAACAAGCACAUUAUAGAUCAUCAAAGCAGGCAAUGAACUUUUAACAGUGGCUUGUGCACCAUUUUCUGCCACACCUUUUCCCUCCACUAAACUUUCCAUCUAUACGCUUGGAUUCAGUACUCUGUACGUAAUAUUCGAAUGUUCUGAGGAAUUGAAUUUUGGGUUUUCAUUAGCUAUAUUCAUCAAAAUUCAACUCUUGAAAUAUAUCACGGUAAUGGAUCUAAAAGUUUGACUUUUUUAAUUGAAUUAGGGAAAGCAAGAUUUCAAUGAUAUUCUAAUUUAGUGAGACGCACGUCCCUUAAGUUAUUGAAAGAGGUUCUGGUUACUCAUUAUAUUGAGGUCUUGUAGAGAUAUUAUUCAGUAGAUAGCUGAUUUAUUUCUUUGCUGGAGAUGUUCUUCUGAUUGACUGAAGAAGGGAUCUGUUUUUUUAGUUCAGUAUGAACAAUUCCUUUUAAUUUAUGUAUCAGACCAGCUGCAGUGUUGAAAUGAGCCAACUUUAUUUUUCCAUUUUGCACUAAACCUUAGGAACAGGAAUUGAUGUAUAAUGUGUUUUCUUUUUGGUCAUAACAUCACAUCAUUGUCUCUGUAUGUUUAUUGCAUGUAAAUACAUUUCUGCUAAGUGACAUUGUGAAUAUGUGCAGUAUGCCAGAAAAGGAAAUCAGGAGCACUAAUAAAUUAUGCAAAUAUUUUCAUUUGAUAUCCAGACAUGUAAUAAAAUUUGUUUGAUUCAA